UAAUUAUCAUGUGAAGCAAGUUAUUCUUAAUCCAAACCCAAGUUCAAUCUUUGUUACAAGCAUCACGUGCGAAAUGGAAGUGAAUCCACAGUAGCUUAAUCAUAGAAGUCUCCUCCCAUACCUACUAAUUAUUUAAUUAAUAUUUUGAUACCUACAUACCAUACUAUAUAAACUUCUAACACUGCAUUGAAGGUGAUCAUAGAAUUAUUGGAAUUAAUAAUAAGAAUGUUUAACUGGGGGUCUAUUGUUGUGACUGUGAUGCUGUUUGUGCUAUUGACGCCGGGGCUGCUAUUUCAGGUUCCAGGGCGUUCAAGGUGCAUCGAGUUUGGAAACUUUCAGACAAGUGCUGCUGCCAUUGUUGUUCACUCUCUUCUCUACUUUGGUCUUGUUUGCUUAUUCUUGAUCGCCGUUAGAGUCCACUUUUACAUUGGAUAGAUGAUUAUCAUUAUAAUCAAUUCUUAUCAUUUUCCACUUCUACUUAUACGUACUUGUUUUUCUUUUUUACUAUGUUCACUUAAUUAAGUCUUUGUAAUCUUUUUUCCUUUGUUAAGUGCUUGUGUUCACUUCAAUAUGCAUUGUUGAGAAAUGUACUUUUUUUAGUUGGGAAGUUGAAUUGAAACUUCUUUUAAUAUUUUAAUGUCAUAAUUAUAUACAUA